AUGCGGAUUGUGCGCGUGAUCUGGCUCAUUCGCGCUAACCAGUCCGGAGGCAGCCACAAUUUCUGGGCCUGGCUGCUGUACUCUCGCUACUCGCACCUCUUCCGGAUCGCUGGGAUUGUCGCCAUUCUCGUCUGCAUCGCGCACUACAUCGCUUGCAUCUGGGCGAUUUUGCUGGAGGAAAAUGAAACGUUUGAAGAAUCGUUCGAGUCGUGGCGCGACGUUUACUCUGGGAGUUUUUAUGCGGCUCUACUGUUGUUGCAAGGAGAGGGGGUCCCCACCAACAGUGCAGGUCAGAAUUUAUUCGCUUCGCUGUCGGUGAUAGUGGGGUCCAUCGUCUUGGCAGUGGUGUUCGGCCACGUCGCCAUCCUAGUCUCCAAUUUCAACGCUAAUACUACAAGCUACCAGCGUAAAAUGGAGGAAGUGUUCGCCAUGACCGCCAAACUCCAGCUGCCAGCACCCCUACGAGAACGCAUUCACGAGUAUUACGAGCACCUGUGGCACGAGUACGAGUGCCUAGACGGCGAGAUUGUCCAGUUUUCCAAGGAGUUGUCACACACGCUUGGCCUUGAAGUCGUGCUGUUCAAGUACAUGGAGGUGGUGAUGCAUGUACCGUUCUGGAAAGAUUGCACGCCGGAUUUCCAGAAGCAGCUCAUGCUGAGGCUUGAUGUUCGUGUAUACUUGCCGAACGACUUUAUUAUGAGGGAAGGAGAGGUAGAUGUCGAGUUUUACAUGGUGAAUCGCGGGCACUGCGAGAUUGGUCGCGAUAAGAACCGAUUCGAGAGAGUGACCACCUCAACGAUCACAGCAGGAGGACCAAGCAAUGGCGGCUUUAGUAUCGGCCGUAGUAACAGCGGCAUGGGUGUUCGCCGUCGUAAUGGCCCCACCAAUGGAGAUCAAUCCAGUGAUGGGUCUCGGCAGUCAGCGUACGAGCUGGAUGCAGCCCAGCGGAGAUACUAUCGCACGGGAGGUCGAGGAGGUAAAGGUCACGAUGUCCUCAUCUCCAGAGGCCAAGCUUUCGGUGAUAUGGCACUGCUGAUGAACUACCAGCGCGCAGCAAAUGUACGGGCCGUCACUCACGUGGAGAUGUGUGUGCUUUCCCGAGAAGACUUCCAAGUGGUGCUGGCUCGAUACCCCGAGGACCGCCGGCGCGUUGUCGUUGAGAUGCUGGCGUCCUACAUGCAGAGCUACGAAUUGGUCAAGUCGCGCUGCCCGCUGUUAGAGCUCGUACGCAAAGUUUACAGUCCCGAAGCUAUCGCUGAGGCCUGUGCGAACUCGACAAGCUGCAGAGCGAAUUUACACGGCCAUGAACGUGGAGACGAAUGA